AUGGAUGAAACAGAUGCAGAAAAGACUGCUUUCACCACCCCAUGGGGUACUUAUUACUAUAGGGUCAUGCCGUUUGGUUUAAAGAAUAUGGGAGCUACGUACAUGAGAGCUAUGACUACUAUUUUUCAUGACAUAAUGAUCAAGGAAGUAGAAGUAUAUGUUGAUGAUGUCAUUAUCAAGUCCAAGACACGAGUCGAUCAUGUAUAUAACUUGAGUAAAUUCUUUGAAAGAUUGCGAAAGUAUAAUCUUAAGCUCAAUCCAGCCAAGUGUGCAUUUGGAGUUUCAUCCGAAAAACUUUUGGGUUUCAUAAUUAACCGCAGAGGCAUUGAAUUGGACCCCUCCAAGGUAAAAUCCAUUCGAGAAUUGCCGCCUCCGAAGAAUAAAACUGAGGUCAUGAGUUUUCUUGGAAGGCUGAAUUAUAUAAGCAGAUUCAUCACUCAGCUCAGCACUACAUGUGAACCAAUAUUUAAGUUUCUAAAAAAGGAUGCUGCUAUCCAAUGGACAGACGAAUGUCAAGAAUCAUUUGAUAAGAUUAAAGAAUAUUUGGCAAAUCCUCUAGUACUGGUCCCAUCGGAACCUGGACAGCAUGAUAUCACUGGCAAAAAGGAACAAGCAGUCUAUUAUCUGAGUAAAAAGUUCACGAGUUACGAGGAAGCUGAAAGAAUCAUGAAUGAGGUACAUUCAGGGGUAUGUGGUUCGCAUAUGAAUGGAUAUGUUUUGGACAAGAAGAUUAUGUGGGCAGGAUAUUAUUGGUUAACUAUGGAGCGAGAUUACUUUUGCUUUGUACGCAAGUGUCAUCAGUGUCAAAUUCAUAGUGAUUUAAUUCACUCUCCACCUUCAAAGCUGCAUCCUAUGUCUGUUUCUUGGCCAUUCGUUGCUUGGGGCAUGGAUGUAAUCGAUCCAAUAGAACCAAAAGAUUAUAAUGGGUAUCGAUUCAUACUGUCCAUUAUCACAGACAAUGCAACCAAUCUCAAUAGUCAUCUAAUGAAGGAGGUUUGUGAGCAAUUCAAAAUCGUGCAUCAUCAUUAUAGCCCUUACAAUCCUAAAGCAAAUGGAGCCAUUGAAGCAGCCAACAAGAAUGUUAACAAGAUUCUUAGGGAAAUGGUCCAAGGAUCUCGACAGUGGUAUGAGAAAUUACCGUUUGCUCUUUUAGGAUAUCGUACAACUAUCCUUACAUCGACUGGCGCAACUCCUUAUUUACUAGUCUAUGGGACUGAAGCUGUGAUACCCGCAGAAGUCGAAAUUCCCUCGCUUCGAAUCAUUAGUGAAGCUGAAAUUGACGAUACUAAAUAG